GGUACACAUGCAAAAUAUAAUCAUAUCACGAUACCAGCGUGCAUUACGUUAAAUGUUUAUAACACAAAAAUUAUAAAAAUUGUGGUGGAACAUUUUGAGGACUCCACUGAGGACAUCAUUCUAUUUUAUGUACGAUCGUUUUUGGUGGUUGCGCAUUUGUCUAGUGAGCAAUUGUUUCCGGGGUAAUUGCUAAUCCACAGGUGAACCGCUUGUAAUUAAGUUCAUUCAUGUUACCCAGCAUUUUCAUAAUUGUAACAUUUUAGACAAUUCAUUAAGGCAAUGCACUGUGUUUGGGCUAUGCUAGAAGCAUAACUUCUAGUGUGAUGUUUUGGUAAGUACGCGUAGCAUUUUCAAGUCACCGAGGCUGGCUUGGAUGCUGACGUGUCGUGCCUGUUUUGGAGUAGCAGUAUCUCUUUCUCAGCAUCACUGACCUAGAAUAACUACAGCUAGUUGUCAGUGCACAGCACAAACAUUUUUUUCGGAACUAUCUCAGAAAUUAUAAGGAAGGGAAGCUAUGGCACAAAGAUUACAUCUCACAGCUGGUGAAAUGCUUGACGACAGGCUUCACUUGAGUAGACUAUAGCUAGCUAUUGGGUCAGUAUUUUUUUGUCAACACAACAAGCGAAGAGUGACUCAAGAUUAAACUUUUGUGGUCAAUUACUACGAAUUGAGUCAAACUUUCACGUCCAGUUGCUCAUAUGCGAUGUCCUCGCCCUCGCCGGUUCAAAUUCGGGAGGCGAACGCUCACCUGUCCGCUCUGCACAGGAGGGUGGUGGAACUGGAGCGGCGUCUAGAGGCCGCGGAGAACACGGUACGGGAGCAGGCAGAGAGCUUGAUCAGGAAGGAUGAGCAACUGAGGGCUACCACUCAGGAGAUCACGGAGGCCAAGGAUAAGGAGAUUUCUUACCUUCACGAGAAGCUGUGUAAGUCCGAGGAGACCAUCCAGAGGUUUCAGACAACUGUCAAGCAAAAGGAUGCUUUGAUAGGACAGCUGCAGCACCGCUGCCAGAUCCUCGACAACAUCUGCCGAAGUCGCCCCUUACUGGACUCCAUGUUGUCCCACAUGGCUGAAGCUGAGAGGCUAGGCUCUCUAGUGGGAGCUGGGGCAGGCAUUGGACCGCCACCCGCAAACUCACUCAUGGAUGGAGAGUCAAACUGUAGCCCGACUCGGAUCUGCAACCACAAGGACUUCUCCCUCAGCGAGGAUGACAUGGACGACCAGGAACUGGAAGAAAUUGUGUUCGGAACUACUGUAUAGUGGCGUGUUCUGGCGACUGCAGAACCCAUGUUUCCGUAGCUACAUAUGCGGCUGUAACCAUCAUAGAACAUCCUAGUAGUUCUGUAAGCAGUUACAAAUGUUUCAGGAGAGAGUGGCCCCUAACUUGAAGCAAACAUUUCAGCAGCAUGCAUGUCAACAUAUAUAUUACUGAAGAAGUCAACUGUGUCCCAAUUGUUGUGCUGUGAGUUUUUUUUAUGAUGUCUCAACAUGAAUGUGCCGAUCACACAAAUGAGGUGUUUGAUCAAACCAAAUAGACCUGUCUUUAGUUCAUGGACCUCCAUGUUCUCUUUUCAUCUAGUUUCAAGUGCUCUAUUUUUGUACUACAAUGCUGUAAACUUUGGAUGAUCUGUUUCAACAUAACUUCCCAGUUAUAUAUUGGCAUGGCAUAUUUUCUUCAGGCUAGGUUGUGUUGCUUAAACCUGCCUGGUCACCAUGGUAUCACAUUCAAGAUUGACUGAAGUGAACUUUCAGCUUGUUGUAAAUCUGUAAGAAAUAGCUGGUGUUAAAUAUACUGAUGUUUCUAUAUUUUUAUACUAAUUGAAUGAACACGCAUGCCCAGGGCUUGUUUGUACUCUGUACUGUUGUCUUAAGUGUGAAAUGGUAUGCCUCAUAAACCAAAGUUUUAAUUUAAUCUAAGAAUCUGACAGGUUAUGGCUAUCAAUCAUAUACUUCAGAAAUGUAGAACUAAAUUGAAGACUUUGGCUGUGGCAUAUUCUAAGAGCUCACAUAAUUUACGAGACGCCUUGCUUCAAAGCAAAAACAACUGAUGCAGAUUAUUUAGGUUGUCGUUCUUGCAGUGGACCACAUUGUGUUCUUAAACCCCACCUCUCUUGUCUUUGUCUGCUUCAGUGAAGCAAAGCCUAUGCAAAUCCAAAUUUGCUUUGUUAUAUUUGACCCUAGUUGGGCUAUAAUGCGUUAUUAUUGCAUUGCCACAUUCCACUUGAGGUGUCUUACACAAAAAUAAAUUUAUUUUUACGCCAGUCUUUAAUUUUUUAGGAAAACAAAACUAAUCCAGAUGGCUGGGGAGUCAGAUGGCUGAGUGGUGAGGGAGUCGGGCUAGUAAUUAACAGAAGGUUACCGGAUCGAUU